AUGCUUUCUUUAAGGGGAUUUUGGAGAAGGCAUAGGAGGAAGUUAUAUGUUACAGCUGGUGUUUUAGGAAGUGGAUAUCUUCUGUAUAAACUGUAUAAUGCUCACAGACAAAGGCUUGCUGACCUGGAUACCGAACUCGAGCAUGAACGAGAUAGAAACGAAGAGCUUAUCAAGGCCCAAAUGCAAGCCCAUUUUGAGAACAUACAAAGAAUUGCUGAUACAACUACGUUGCCUCAUGCAAUGCACUAUUUAAAUAGUCGGAUAGCUGAAGAGUUGGACCUUUCUCACCUUACCGACAGGUUAAUGCAAGCGAAGGGCCAAUCAACAUCUGCAGAGAAACUUGAAUUAUGGGAUAGACUGAAAAUUCAAAGUUUCACGAGAAUGGUGUUGUCGUUGUGGGCAAUGACAAUCCUUAGCUUAUAUAUUAGAGUUCAAGUCAAUAUAUUAGGGAGACAUUUAUAUAUUGAUACUGCCCGUGGUCUUGGAAGCUCUCUUUUAAUUGAGGAUGCUGAUCUCAUUCAUAGGGAUGACCAGCAGAAGUUUCUAGCGAGUUCUGAUUAUCUCUCCAGGUCUGGCAUGCCUGCUUUAAUUUCAAACAUCCAGGCAGCAGCAACAGAAGUUCUUAAGGGAAAGCAGCUAAGGGAUUCCUUCAAUGCCACAGUUCUUCAUGCAACUAUCAUGCAAAUACUUGACAAGUUCAUGAGCACAGGAGAUCCCCAUCACUGGGUGAACUACUUGAUGCCAGAGCUUGAACUAGCCACUGCCUUCAGCAAUGAUAACACACUUCUUCCAGAUGUCAACACAUUUGAACAACUUAUGGCGGAGACACGGGCAGUAAUAUCAAGUGCUGAAUUUGGGAGUGUUGCUGACAUAGCAUUGAGAGCAGUGGUGGAUACUGUGAUAGAGGACAUGGGUGUUCAACCCGGAGGAGUUCAACUUGCCAAAGUUUUGGCACGGGUUGCACGGAUGGGUCCUACAGUCCUUGAAGAACCAAGCAAAUUCAUCCAAAUCAUUCUAAAUGUACCAGAAGUUGAGCGCUUUUUCACUCUCAUCUAUUCAAGUAUGCAAAUCUCGUAG